UAAAAAGUUUAAGUUUUUUAUAAAAUAAAAGAUAAAUAUAUGAAACUAUUACAUUUACUAAAUAUUUGUCAAUUAAAAAAAAAAUCCGCGCUUUGAAAGCGCAGAUCAAAAUCUAGUAUUUUAUUAAAACACAACAUUACAAUCUAUGUGAAAGGAGAUUACAAGUCUGAAUAAGAGAACCAAGAUCAAAUUAAGCCGGCAAUUUAAAAAAAAACAUAAAGCGUUUGAAUGAUGAUCAAAUUUAUUGCAUAUUUGAGUUCUGUUUCUUUUUUGUCAUUAUAGAAUAAGAUAUUUUUUACCAAACAACAAAAAAACGAUGAAAUACUAAAUUUUAGAGAAAUUUUAUGUUUACCACUUUUAUGAUACUAUUUUUUAUUUUUAUCACUACUAAAGUGACAUUUUCAAAAAUAUCUUCUUCAUUAAACGGUAAAAGACUUUUAUACCCUUGUUAUCUAUAUAUAAAAUAAAUAAUUAUUUAAAUAAAUAAAUAAAAAUUAAUUUUUUUUAUGUUUUUGAAUUAUAUUUUUUCAAAUUCGAACUUUUUAAUAAUUUUUUUUUAAAAUGUUUUUAUAUAUUUUUUCAAAAUUUAUUUUUUAAAAUCAAAAAUUAUAUUUGAAACUAUUUUUAAAGUUUUUUUUUAUUUUUUUAAGUAUUUAUUUUAUAUAUUUAUUAGAAUUUUGUUAACCCUAAAAAUAUAAAUAUUUUUUACCUUUCAUUAAAAAUAAGGAUAAAAAUAAUUAGCGUAAAUAUGAAAAAUCGUACUAUAAAUGUGAUAUUUGUGGCAAUUUCUCAAAAAAAAUUGGGGGUCGAAUUCUAAGAUUUUAUUAGAAAGAGUAAAAUAAUGGGACGUUAGGAACUCGACAGGCGUUAAUACGUGUCUAAACUCGACUAAAACGCUUUGUUUAACAUAUUUUUUUUCCUGUUUUGUUAUUUUCUCUCUCUCGGUAUCAAAACAAAAGGGAACAAACAUACAUACUCGAAGUUUGCUCACCCCAAAAAAGGAAUAAAAAAUAAAAUAAUAAAAGUGAAAACGUUCAGGUGUCUCCGGCCAGUCAUACAGACAUCAGAAUCAAAUUAGGGCAUUAGACUGGUCGGAGAAAGAAGCCAUGGGAAGGAGAAAAGUGGAGAUCAAACGAAUUGAGAACAAAAGCAGUCGACAAGUUACUUUCUGUAAACGACGCAAUGGUCUCAUAGAGAAAGCUCGCCAGCUCUCAGUUCUCUGUGGAUCCUCCGUUGCUGUUCUCAUCGUUUCCUCUACCGGGAAAGUCUAUAGCUCUUCAUCCGGCGAUAGCAUGGCCAAGAUUCUCAAGCAUUACGAAGUACAACAUGCUGAUAAGCUUAAAACCUUGGAUCUCACAGAAAAAACUCAGAAUUACGUUUCACUCAAUGAGUUACUAGAAACAGUCCAACGCAAGAUUGAAGCAGCGAACGUUGAUAAUAUAAGCGUACAGUCUCUAAUAUUCUUGGAAGAGCAGUUCAAGACUGCUCUGUCUUUAACUAGAGCUAGGAAGACAGAACUAAUGAUGCAGCUUGUAAAAAGCCUUCAAGAAAAGGAGAAGCUGUUGAGAGACGAGAACACGGUUUUGGCUAGCCAGCUUGCAGAGAAACAAAUAAAUUUCUUACAGAUGGGGAAGGAGAAGGAGUUUCUGGAGACAGAGGAUGAAAGAGCAAUGUUACUGGAAUAUAGCUCCGGCAAUAACCCACGGGAGACUCUUCCGCUUCUCAAGUAACCACCAUCAUAACAGCUGAAUUUUUCACCAUCCUGUUUCAAAUAAAAUUGUAAAAUAAAUUAUCAGAUUUGUAAACCAUGAAGAAGCUACUACAUAUCCUAAGCUCUCUUCGUCCCCUGUGAUACGUAAAAGAUUUAAAGGAAAACAUCAAAUAAGAUGCCGAUCUUUGCUGUUUA